UAAUCUUAACUGGAGCUUCAUUCUGCAAUGGCGGAAUUACAAGCUCUUUUCUUAGGAAAGAAGCUAAAUCCAUCGAUAUGCCUUUCGAUAGUGAUGUAUUCGCUCUUCCUUCUGGCUACAAUGCUCCUCAGCAGGUGCAUAUAACUCAAGGGGAUCAUGUGGGAAGAGCAGUGAUAGUGUCUUGGGUGACUCAAAACGAACCUGGUUCUGAAACCGUCGUUUAUUGGGCCGCACGUAGCCACCGGAAACACCACGCCACCGCCAGGGUCACUAUUUAUAAGUAUUAUAACUACACAUCUGGAUUCAUUCAUCAUUGCACCAUCAAGCAUUUGAAGUUUGAUACAAAGUACUAUUACGAGAUCGGAACCCGUCCAACGGUAAGGAGGUUCUGGUUCAGAACUCCUCCGGCCGUCGGACCUGAUGUUCCGUACACUUUCGGACUCAUCGGGGAUCUUGGCCAAACUUACGAUUCAAAUCUCACACUUACGCAUUAUGAAAUGAACCCGGUGAAAGGGCAAGCCGUGUUGUAUGUCGGCGAUCUGUCGUAUGCCGAUCACUAUGAGUUCCAUGACAAUAGGAGAUGGGACACUUGGGGGAGGUUCGUCGAACGGAGUACGGCGUUUCAGCCAUGGAUUUGGACCGCUGGCAAUCACGAGCUCGAUUACGAGCCCAGUAUCGGUGAAAAGAAGCCAUUUAAGCCCUUUCUUCAUCGGUAUCGGACACCCUUUCAAGCAUCCGGAAGCACGGAUCCACUUUGGUAUUCGAUCAAGCGGGCGUCCGCAUACAUUAUCGUAUUGUCUUCGUACUCGGCUUACGGUAUGUACACGCCGCAAUACCAAUGGCUCUGGCAAGAGCUACCGAAGGUGAACAGAAGUGAAACACCGUGGUUGAUUGUUCUCAUGCAUUCGCCAUGGUACAAUAGUAACAGUUACCAUUACAUGGAAGGUGAAACCAUGAGAGUCAUGUUUGAGCCGUGGUUCGUGCAAUACAAAGUCGAUCUCGUGUUUGCUGGUCACGUUCAUGCUUAUGAACGCUCGGAGCGUGUGUCGAAUAUUGCUUAUAACAUCGUGAACGGGGAAUGCACUCCGGUUCACGACCAAUCCGCCCCCGUAUAUAUAACCAUCGGCGAUGGUGGAAACAUUGAAGGCUUAGCAAACAAUAUGACGAUGCCGCAACCAAAGUACUCGGCAUUCCGAGAAGCGAGUUUUGGUCACGCAAUGUUAGAGAUCAAGAAUCGGACACAUGCUUACUAUGGUUGGCACCGCAAUGCAGACGGGUUUGCCGUUCGAGCCGACUCGGUGACGUUUUUCAAUCGAUAUUGGCAUCCGAUCGACGAUUCUACAACCAAAAACUAAACAAAUGGAGGAAUUGGACACUUUUUCGAGGCUAGAAUCGAUGAUAACGAGAUUAGAGUCAUUUUUAUGCAAUUAAGCUGUGAAUUUAAUUUACGAAUGAGUUAUAAUUUUGAGAAAAUGGUUGGUUUUUAUGUGAAUUAUUAAAGGGGGUUGGCACUAGCACCAGAUUCUGGUCCACUACGGGUGCACCACCUUUCCAUAUUGGACCACCACCUUUUGACCACAACCGUCUAUCUUAAUAAUAUGGUUUUGGGUUUUAUUUUA